CUCCCCCAUUGGACGCGGACGAUUUCGUUUGGACCGUAUACCUGUAUCAACAAGAUCCGAACCGAUCACUCGUCUCGGCAAUAAGUAGGUAUAUGGUUUGGAUCCGUCAUCGCCACUACGACACUCGCCUUACGGAUACCUACCCAAGGAUUACAGAUCUGAUACUACUCCGUACACGGAUUACAAGAUCAUCAAAAUGACUUCGAUUCAAAAAGACAAUACUCCUUCGUCGCCGUCACCACGAAAAGUCCUACUCAUCAAUGGUCCGAACCUCAACCUGUUGGGUACCCGGGAACCAGGGAUUUAUGGCUCGACCACCCUAUCUGACAUUGUGGAAAAUGUAAAGUCCAGAGCUCAAUCCAUGGGAAUCACAAUCGUCCCUUUUCAGUCGAACCACGAAGGUGCCAUUGUCGAUUUUUUACAUUCACACUUCUCGCCACGGCAAAAGACGGCCUUCACUGGAGUCAUCAUCAACCCUGCGGCGUUCACCCACACCAGCGUCGCCAUAAGGGACGCUUUGCUGGCCACUUCUUUACCGUUCGUCGAGGUACACAUUUCGAACGUCCACGCCAGGGAACCAUUUCGGGCCCACAGUUAUUUCAGUGACAAGGCUCAGGGGGUGAUUAUGGGGCUGGGUGCCUACGGGUAUAUUGCAGCCUUGGAGUUUUGGGCUCAAAAGUGGGACGUGGAAGAGAAGGAGAGAGAGAAAGAAGGCGCCCAGGACGGUAGUGCAAAGAGCUGAGUAAAAGCUACAAGCAAAGGCUACAAGCAAAGGCCGCGUGUGGGAUAUCGUGAGAAAAGUCGAAAAAGCAGCCGAGGUUUUUCG